AUGGCAAGUAACUGGAAUGUUUGUGGAGUUUGUGAACUACGCAAUAUCAGUAAACAAUCAGUCAUCUGGUGUUCAGAUUGUGAGGAGGGUCUCUGUGAUAAUUGUAAGGUCCAUCACACUUUAUCCAAAGGAUCGCGUAAUCAUGGAACCGUGACGAUAGCCGAGUACCAGAAGGUACCAAGUAACGUUAUUCAAAUAGCACAAUCCUGCAAGAAACAUGAUCAAAAGUAUCAAAUAAUCUGUAAGACGCAUGAUUGUCCAUGCUGUAAACGUUGCGUAGUUGAGGAUCACAAUAAAUGUGAAGAUUUCAAAGAUAUAGAUGAUGUCAUAAAAGGUAUUAAGUCUUCAAAUGUAUUCCAAGAUAUCGAGAAGACUCUGAACGAGGUUAAAACCCAUAUCCAAAGAAUUCGAAAAGAUCGUGAAGAAAAUUUAGCGUCUUUGAAAGAACAAAAGAAGAACAUUAAAAUUGAGAUUCAAAAAGCUAAAACAUCAAUUAAUAAUCACCUAGACAAACUCCAUCAGGCAGUACUGAGAGAUCUUGAUUCAACAGAGGAGACAGAGAAUAAGAAAAUUCGUCAGCUACUGAGUGAAGUGGAGAAUAAGGAAAAAGAAAUUGAGGAAUUCAAAGCUUGUUUACCGAACAUUAAGCAUUAUGCUUCCGAAAUGCAAACAUUCCUUGCAGCAAAAGAAAUGGAACGCAAUUUAGCAAAGCAAGAGCAUUUCGUUCAAUCGAUAAUUAAAAACGGAAAAUUGAAUCAUCCACAAAUGUCUUUGAAAAUUGAAACGAUUUUACAGAAUAUUCCAAUUAAUAUAGAAUCCUUUGGAGAAAUAACUGUUGUUAAUGACCCGAACAAACUUAUGAUAAGUAGACAGAAGGAUCAACAGGCUCAACAGAUGAGUUUUGUUCCGUCACCAAAGUCCAUUGAAAACCUGACACUAAUGUUAGAAAUGAUAGUCAACGUCGAUGCAAGAAAGAUCAGAGGAUGUACCAUUAUACCUGAUGGAAGGAUGAUGUUUACUUGUAACAAUCAACAAAAAGUUAUAGGAAUAAACAAAGAUGGUACAAAGGACUUUGAAAUAAAACCAGGUAAAUGUUUUGAUAUGGUGUACAUAGGUAACAAUAAAAUUGCUGUUACUGCUGGUCGUUACUUUGGACCGUAUAUCAUCAACUGCAUUGACAUAAAUCAAAGAAAAGUAACGACAAAGUUUGAUGUUGGAUCAGAAAAUACAGGUGUAGUGCUAACAAACGAAGGAACAUUAAUAUAUUGUUCAGGGAAUAAAGGGUUUAGGACGAUUGAUUUAAAUGACGAUACACAAGGUUCAAUAAAAUCCGGACCACUUUGUAAUUGGGGAUAUCCAUGUGUAACAACGUUUGAUAAACACCUGUUUUAUACUAACCCCGACAGCAACACAGUUACAUGCAGUGAUUUCGAAGGACAGUUACAAUGGGAAUUCAAGGAGGAAAACGUUUUAAAAUAUCCACAAGGUAUCUCCGUAGACAACGAUGGAAAUGUAUACGUAGUGGGGACCAGUUCAAACAAUGUAGUGGUUAUUUCUCAUGACGGAAAACAUUACAGACAAAUUAUAUCUUCCACUGUAGGUCUAACUAGUCCACAGGCAUUGCAUUAUGACCAGUCAACAAACUCACUACUGGUGGCAAACAAACAGGACCGCGCUUUUUUGUUUAGUGUAAAGUAG